AAAGGUAGGGCUGGCGAGCUAUAAACAGCCGCUUCCUCUCAGCUGCCGAGUGUGAGAGAAACCGAGAGGGAGAGAAAAGAUGGUGUCGUUGAAGCUCCAGAAGCGGCUUUCCGCUAGCGUUCUCAAGUGCGGGAAGGGCAAGGUUUGGCUUGAUCCAAAUGAAGUCAACGAAAUCUCCAUGGCCAACUCUCGUCAAAACAUUAGGAAGCUGGUUAAGGAUGGUUUCAUCAUCAGGAAGCCAACAAAGAUUCACUCUCGCUCUCGUGCCCGUCGCAUGAAGGAAGCCAAGAGAAAGGGAAGACACUCUGGAUAUGGUAAGCGCAAGGGUACAAGGGAGGCUAGGCUGCCAACUAAGGUUCUCUGGAUGAGAAGAAUGCGUGUCCUCAGGCGUUUGCUCCGUAAGUACAGGGAGUCAAAGAAGAUUGACAAGCACAUGUACCAUGACAUGUACAUGAAGGUGAAGGGUAAUGUCUUCAAGAACAAGAGAGUUCUUAUGGAGAGCAUUCACAAGUCAAAGGCUGAGAAAGCAAGAGAGAAGACUUUGUCUGACCAGUUUGAGGCUAAGAGGGCAAAGAACAAGGCCAGCAGAGAAAGGAAAUUUGCCAGGAGGGAGGAACGGUUGGCCCAGGGACCUGGGGCAGAGAAGCCUGUACCUCCACCACCUGCUGCUGCUGCUGCACCUCAACCAGCCCAGGGGGCUAAGAAAUCGAAGAAGUAAGGACCUGAUUAAGAGCUCCAAGGAUUCAUGACUUUAGGUCGUCAUGGUGUCCUUGGUGUUAGUUUUGUUCAUUUUGUGUGAUUUUCGUUGUUUUGGACCUUGUUACUCUAUAUAUCUUUUAGAUUGAUGAUGAACAUAUUUGAACUUGGCAAUCAACUUUUAUUUAUUGGUA